UGACUGAGGUAUGUGCAGAGGUUUCAGAGGGCCCAGGAUUUACCUGGAGAUUGGGACGUGCCCUAGGGACUGCAGAUGAAGAACAGUAUUUGUAUAUCAGCUGAUUUUUUUUUUUUUUUUAAGGCAUUUAUUAAGCCUGGUUGAACACAUUCUCCCCAGCUCCUCUAAGUUAACCUGACUGUUUUCUCCCCUGGAUUUUGAAACAGGGAGGGCAAACCUCAACUGGCCCCAGAGCACUGGACACAAACCAUCAAGCUAGGGCAGAAGAUAUGAAGGCAAUUCCUUGCGAGAGACCCCUUGUUCUCUUUGCACUCACUUCAUCAGAAGAGCCAAAAAAAUGGGAGACAUCUCAUCCAACCUGUGGUGGCCGUGGCUGGUACCUUAACCUGAGUAGUGAAAGUGUGUGGGAGAAUUGCUGUGAAGGGAGAGGCUGGACUGACCUAACUUUGUUUGUGGCCCUGAAGAGGGAGAGAGGUGGAGUCUCACAACUGAGAUCAUCAAAAUGCUUGUGCUGGGCUGCGUCACACGUGCCUGGGAAAGCGCCUGAUUCCCAGAAAGUGUGGGAUGAUCGGUCUUCUGGAUGUCCUUGAAAGCACCGCACAACUCCUCUGAACAUCCUGACCGCCCCACCGAGCUGAAGAAGAAAGGCCGCACGGCCAAAAGCCAGACAAAGAGAGGAGAGAUGUCCAUGCUGAAACCCUUUCUGGAAUGGAAACAGGAGCUCAAACACAUGGACAGAUUGCCUUUGGAAUUUGAUGGCUGCAGAAUCCUGCACAGAAACUCUCAUGGAAGGGAGAGCAGAGACUUCCCCAGGCAGUGCUCAGCAGUGAAGGCUGCUCAGAUGGACUUUCCUGGCUGCUGCUGCAGAGAAGGCUCAGGACAUGCAGUUUUUUUUUUUUUUCUCCUUUCCAAAUGGAAACCAACUUUCCUAGCAGAAUGUUUUCAGAGAAUCUGCUUGCUCGAAACCAAAAUGAAGCACCAGCUGUGCUUGCAGCAAGCUGCAACAUCUCCUUGCUGGCUGGAGGCGUGUCUUGUCACAAGUGGUGCUGUUCACUCCUCUGAGGGCCUUGUCUGCGGUGCUACACCCAGCUGUGUCUUAGGAUGCAAUCAAAUUCAAGAUCUUUUCAGCUGGAAUCUAGAUGAGCCGGGAACACUCAUUUUCACACAGCACAAAGUUGUAAGUAGGCGUGACUGCAACCAUCAUCUCUGCCUCUGUGCCCACAGAAAUGUCUGGGCAGAAAUACCAGCAGGGCCUUUUGCUGCAUGGGGAGGGUCAGGCACAGAGUGUGCAGCUCCCAGGUUGCCCUCGGUCCAUGGACUUUUUGUUAAAGUGCUUUUAACCAGUGCUGUCACUCCUUUGCUGAGAAGGACGCGUGUAAGCAAACAGCAGCACACAGGAUCCCAGGGCUCCCAUGUGUUUCUCCAACAUUUUAUAUUUUCUGAUAUUCACUGGGAGAUUAACCAAAUGAGAGCGGGCUGCCUACAAGAUAAAUUCCCUAAUAAAAAUGCUGCAGCAUCCCCAACUUUCCUGGCCUUUUCAUGCAUCAGUAAGUAAACUCUUUAAAGAGCUGGUAGCAAGGAUCUCCCCACAUGUAACCACUGAAGUUACAAUACUGUGACCUAGAGAUGCUACAAACAAAAAAAAGCUACACAAACCCCUUUCAGCCCCAUGGACAUGGCAGCCCUUCAGAUCAUGACCCCAGGAUAUUCUUCUUUGACACUUAAUGUCACAUAUUCUGAAGAUAAAUGCUGUUACCCUCAGCUUGCUUCUGCUCUGCUGGCUGGGGCUGGAGCUGCAGAGAUGUCAGUGCAGGUAGGACCUCCCAGAGGUGAUGCUGGCCAGGAAAAUGCUGGCUGGGAAAAGGAUGUGGAGUGUGUCCAAGUAAGAAGAGUCUGGAAGGAGUUUGUGAUGGUCUGUUAUUUCUCUGUUAGCUAGGAGACGUGAAACUUCCUUUUCCGGAUGAGCACAUUUUGUGUUUUGCAUAAGAGAGCAAUUGCUUCUUGUAAGAGUUAGCAUUUCUGCUAAUUUAAUGAGCUGUCUGUACAAAUGGACUGCAUUAGUCAUUGGAAAGACCUUUCUCAAGUCCCACAAGCAUGUUUUAGAGCUCUUGAUAAAGCCAGUAGCAUGCUGGACUUUCACAAGCAGAAAGACUUCCCAAAGUAUGCAAGUUAUUCCUGGCAUGUUGUAUUCUCAACACGUCAAGGAAACGUGGAUUAUUUUUACACAAACAGCAAAUCAAAACGGUUCCUUAGCAAGCUCCCAUGGACGUUCCUGGACCCUGAGAAGGAAAAGAAUAAAGAAAAGUAAGAAAAAGAAUUGCUUCUGAAUUAGAUGGAUCAUGUUGUCACACCUUCAGAUGUUCAUUUGGACCUCUGAUGAAUGGUGGAGGGAGCGAAGGAUAAAACAGAAAGAACAGACAAGGACCAUGAAUUAAUCUGGAUAUUUCAUGCUUGAGUGGAUUUUUUUUUUUUCCCAUACUGUGAAUUUAUCUCCAAAUGUAGACUCUGAUGAACUGCAAACACUUUUGGAAGUUCUUUUAAUAGCUGUUGUUUGAAAGGUGUUGAGAGGGAAAGGAUCUCUGGAGCUGAGCUGGCCAGAGUGCAAAGGACACACCAACAUCUUGCUGGAAACCACAAAGCAGCACAGCAGCAAAAACCCUGGAGUGUCCUCAGCUCCCCUGACACUGCAGCGCACAAAUUCAGCUUUAGGUUUCACAAACAUUGGAGGCUGUUUUGAAAACUCCCUGUUAAGGAUUACAAAUGCUGACUGCAGUUUGUAGGCAAAGGCAAUUUGAUAUCACAGCUCCAUGUUUUAUGUCUGAGCUCGUGUUACCCUGUGCGUUAGAUUGCCUCAGCCAAAACCCAGUUCUGACACCCACCAAAUAAUCCUGUGAUUAUGGUAAAACAAUAAAAAGUACUGCCUGACCUCAGCAGUUUUUCCAUUUCAGCGUAAAGAACUGUUUUUCCACACAG